UCGAUGCUUGUCUUAUGAAUCGAUGGUCCGGCAAUUCCCCUUUUUUUCCUUGUCGCCCUCAGUCAUCUCUUGCCAUUGGACAUCCGUCUUUGCAGUCCACUGAUGCCGUCCUUUCCGAUGUCCUCGACAAUCCCGCGUUUUCGCUUAUCGGUCACUCAUGUCUUCUCAUCCUGCUCUUUCAACGCUCCGGGACCUAUGGUCCGGCAUAUCUACUGCUUUCCCGUCUAUGUUCAUCUUCGAUUGUGUUUUAGCCCCUGCUUACUGGUGUUCAUGGCUUUGGACCCAUGGUUCGGCACGUUCCCAGCUCUUCUCUUCGUCGUUUUCUUCGUCGUGGGCCAACUGAAGUCCCAUAUGGUUUUCCCGUUCAUUUAUUCAUUCGGAUCGCUGUCCGGCACCCGUCCUUCCGUCUCUAAUUGUCCGUGAGCUCUUGUCUCUUCUCUGGUAUGCUCAGUAUUUCCGUUCCCUACGCGGUGCUUCUCGGGCCUAUGGUCUGGCGCCUGCGUCAUUGUCGUCCAGCUCCCCUCGUCCUCUCUUCGAAACAGUCAGGUCUCAAGUCUUUCCUA